GGUUUGGUUAAUUAAAAAUAAGUGAAAAAAGUAAAGCGAAAAAAAAUGGAAAAUUUUAUAAAUCAAAAUCCUUCUAAAGACUUAAACUAACAAAAGGUUUUCUAAACUAAAUCAAUAAAUGAAAGCCAAAAUAUGUAAAAUACAAUUUUAAAUAUUCAAAUCUUGGACUUGAGUUCAGAAAUACUUUUUAAUCUAAGUUAGUAACUUAAAAACAAGUAGCUAAACUCAACAAUUAAAAUUUGUUUUGACUCUUCUAUUUUAGAUAUAAAAUAAGAGCUAAUAAUUGAAUUAGCUAAAGUUUUAUAUCAAAAUAUCUAAAUCUAAAAGCUAGGUAUAAUUAAUACUACUAAUGAGUGUAAUAAUAACUAUAUUCUAGAAUUUUUAAAAUAAAUGAAUGAAUAGCAAAUAAAACAACUUAAAUUAAAUUUUUGUAAUGUUUAAGUUUCUCCAAAAUAAUCAGAAUAAAUUAAUAAAAUUAUUACAAAUUUUCAAAAUUUAAGCACGCUCAAGAUUAAUUUGUCUGAAAUAUAAGUUCCUUAACCAUUUUUCAAUAUUAUUGAGCUCCAGCUUAAGCAUUUGUAAACUUUGAAAAUAAAAUUAAGAUAAACUUAACUUGAUGCUUAAGCAACAUAAUAAUUAGUAAACUCCAUUAUAAAAUAAAAUUAACUCUAAAAAUUAUAACUUGACCUUAUUCUUUCGAGCGUAAAUUAGAGUAAUUUAUAAAAAAUUCCAGUUUUUUUAAGCAAUUUAGAAUACUUUACUUUAAUUUUGUAAAAUUAAAGUCAAUAUGUUGAAGAAAAACAUUAAGAAAUUCACAAUGAAACUGAAGAAAAAUUUUAGAGGAAGAUAAAAUAUUUGAAAAUUGAAGAAUAAAUAUAAGCAAAUAAAAAUAUUAAUUUUAGCAACUUAUUAGGAUUGUAGAUUUUGAAUAGCUAUAGUAUAGUUACAUCUCUCUCUAUAGACCUCACUUAAUACAAUGAAUAGAAUUUAUAUAAAUAUAUAUAAUAAGUGUCUAGAUUUGAUUAAUUGCAUCAAUUAAAUAUGAAAUUAAACAACUCAUAAUUAAAUGAUAAAAUCAUCUGCCAUUAUAAAUAAUCAUUUGAAAACUUAAAAGAGCUUAAUGACCUAAGUCUUAUAAUAAAUUCUUAAAAAUUCUUUGUUAAGUAAUAUUCAUUCUCAAGUUUAAUAAGACACAGUCCCUAUAUUAGUAAACUAAGACUGAAAUUAAAAAUAAUUUAAUUAACAGAUGAUUUAUAUUAAGAAUUAUUUGGAGUUUUACCUAGCUUAAAAUAUUUAAAAUAAAUUUAUUUUAUUUUUGGUAAAGGGUAUUCUUUUUAAUUCAAUUAUAAAAUCUUUUUAAGCAAUGUAAGAAAAUGCUCGAACUUAAACUAUGCCAGUUUGAGUUUUUAAAAUCUCAGCAGCUCUUAAAAGAGUUUAAAAUAAAAAACUGAUAUAAUUUUGUAAAGUGAAUCCUUAAAUUCUCAAUAAGACACAAUAGAAGAAAUAUAAACUAAAAAAAAAAAUUCUCUUGCUUCUAAAAUUCAAGCAAGUAUGAGCAGCAUGGAGGCAUUUUAUAAAAUAAGAAUUUAGUAACUCCUUUAGCAAAAUUUAAUUUUCAAAAAGGCAAUCAGAUUAGUAAAAUUAGAAGUUUAAUGA